AUGUGUACGCGCGAGGUUAACGAACUCAGCGCACGCGCGCGCUUUGUGGAACUACGCCGGCACAGGAAAAUGUGUCCACCGGGGGGGAGCGGUGCAUCAUGUGACUGCGCGGGGAGGAGGAGGACCUCCAUUGAUGGAGGCGAGUUACUAGCUUGUUCUGCGCCGCUCGCCCCCUCCCCCUUCCUCCCCACUUCUCCACCUCGCCGCCGGAUGCUCCGUUAG